AUGUUAAAAGCUAGUGUUAUCACUGCAAUAAGAACAUUAUUUAAUCGAAAUAUGAGUAUAUUUACGCAAUGUUUGAAUCCUCUCACUGGUGUUGCUUCGUGGGAAGAGAAAGAUCAAUAUUACGAUUAUCAUCAAGAAGUAGCUAGAUCUGCCUUUGCAGACAUGCUACAUGACCAUGAACGAAAUGAGAAGUAUUACCUUGCCCUCAAAGCUGCUAUUGAGAAGAAACAUCAGGCCGGUGAAGAGGCUAACGUUCUUGACAUAGGCACUGGAACAGGGUUGCUGUCGAUGAUGGCUGCCAGGUGCGGAGCAGAUACUAUAACGGCAUGCGAGGCUUUCAAACCAAUAGCCAAAUGCGCCGUACAAAUAAUAAAGGAAAAUGGCUUCGAUGAUAAAAUUCAAUUGAUCCGUAAGCGUUCUACAAAAAUGAUAGUAGGUAAAGAUGGUGACAUGCCAAAACGCGCAAAUAUUCUAGUUACUGAAGUGUUUGACACUGAGCUGAUUGGUGAAGGAGCGUUAUCAACAUUCCGCCAUGCACACGAGGUUCUUCUCGAGGAAGACAGCAUUAUCAUUCCACACAAAGGAACAGUAUGGGCACAAGUAAUCGAAAGCUUCAAAGUCUGUAGUUGGAACCGGGUGAAGCCUAUUAAGAACGGAGAAGUAUUGGUUGAUACUCCACCGACUAUCCAAGCAUGCUCUGGUGCUGCAGCUGUACAUGACAUGCAACUAUCACGUCUGUCUCGUGAUACUUUUGUGCCUUUGUUGCCAGCACAGCCUAUUUUUAAGUUUGACUGGUCUGGCAAAAAACCAUUAUUAAACAAUGAAAAAGUAUCAUUACUUACACAACCGAUAAGAAGUGGGACCGCACAUGCAAUUUUUAUGUGGUGGGACUUAAAUAUGGACACAGAUAAUCAGUUGUUGCUGAGUUGUGCACCUGUAUGGGAACAUCCAAAUGUACCUGAUAACAUGAAAAAAGAUGUCUCAUGUUUACAAAAGAUGGUUGAUUUAAUACCGUGGAGGGAUCACUGGAUGCAAGCUGUCUAUUACCUUCCAAAAGAAGUAUCUAUCACAUAUGGUACCGAGGUCAACCUUAUCGGUUAUCACGAUGAAUAUUCCUUUUGGUUUAAUCUAUUGAAUGGACCAGUAAAUGAGAUUCCAGAUUGUCAGAGGCCCGAGUGCAAUUGUUGGGCGCAUAUCGCGUAUUCGCGAACGCGAAUUGGUCAAUUAAACGACACAGUUCGUAAUCAGCGAUAUGUAAAGGCUUUGCGAAAAAAGAUCACUCCAAACAGCGUUUGUCUCUGCGUUUCGGAUGGUUGUCUCUUAGCCCUCGUGAUUGCAAGAUUUGGUGCAAAGGUGUUUUUAUUGGAGCAGAAUUUCUUAUCGCGUAGAACGAUGGAGAUGUUCGUGCAAACAAACGAGCUCUCUGAUCGAAUAAAGAUUGUCGAGUCGGUUGACGGUCUACCGGAGGCAAGCGAAAUUGAUUUCAUUUUUGGCGAGCCAUAUUUCCUGAGCUCCAUCGUGCCUUGGGAGAAUCUGCGAUUCUGGUAUCUCGCUUCUAAAUAUCCAUCGAGUAUUGCGAGAAUGCCGGCCAUGGCGACGAUCAGAGCUGUCGCUGUUGAGUUUAAGGAUUUGCAGAAAAUAAGAGCUCCUCUUGGCACUUGCGAAGGUUUUGAUCUGUCCUCUUUCGACAAACUUAUUCAAAUGUCCAGUGAAAAAAGUGACAAUCCCGUAGAGGCGCAGCCACUUUGGGAAUAUCCUUGCAAAGCAUUAUCUUCAGCCUUUGAUAUCAUAAAACUCGAUCUAACACGGAAUGUAAAUUUCAAUAAACGCAAGAGAAUAACAGGAGAGAUACCUAUUUUAGACAGUGGCACUUGCAAUGGCAUCGCUAUAUGGGUGGAUUGGCAAUUAGAUUCGGAUUUAUCAGUAUCUUGUGGUCCGAUUGAAGAAAUAGUACCUAGCAAACGUGUGUCCUGGGAUCCAUAUACGAGACAAGGAGUGCAUCUAUUUCGUACAGUAUCCAAUGUUACAAAAAAAAGUACACUUUCGUGGUCGUUUACCUUUCUCCCACAAAAUGGAGAAAUAGAAUUUAAGUUCAAUAUAGUAACGAAUGAUUGAUUGUAUUAAUGAACAUUUGUUUGAUUGUGUUCAUUCAAUAUUCGUAAAAUAGUAAAAUGUUUAAUCUUUGUUU